AUGCCACAAUAUGAUAACACCACCACCACCACCAUCCGCCUAGAUCACGACCUUUGUUGGCCUUUUGGAACCCUCGAAGGCCUUGACCAUGAUGACAUUCGUACGACCGCUUAUGAAAUAUUCUUCACGUCAUGCAGAUCUUCGCCAGGUUUCGGAGGUCGUAAUGCCAUCCAAUUUUACUCGUCGGAAAGUAAUGGAGGGGAUCAUGCGUCUGGUGGUACUGGAUCUCCGGCAAAAGCAGGGGGUCAUGGGGUGGGGAUGGCAGUAACGAGUAAAAUCAAGAGGGCGCUUGGGUUAAAGAUGCUAAAACAAUCUCAUUCUUCACGGAGAAGCAACUCAUGUGGGACGAAUCCCAUGUCUCCCGGAGGACACCAUGGAAAUGCGAGCCCCGGCAUUGGAUUUUCGACUGUACCUGGGAGGUCCAGGAGGCCAUUGACGUCCGCAGAGAUCAUGCGACAACAGAUGAACGUGCCGGAGGCAAGUGAUAACAGGCUGCGAAAGACACUCAUGAGAACCCUCGUUGGACAGAUGGGAAGACGUGCAGAGACGAUCAUUCUUCCAUUAGAGCUCCUCCGGCAUCUAAAGCCAUCUGAAUUCAACGAUUCAAAAGAGUAUCACAUCUGGCAAAAACGUCAACUAAAGAUCCUCGAGGCAGGACUCCUCCUUCACCCCUCAAACCCCCUGGACAAAUCUGACUCCUUUGCAAUGUGUCUUCGAGAGGUGGUUCGUAGCAGCGAUGUUAAGCCAAUUGAUACCGGAAAAAACUCUGAGACCAUGAGAAAUGUGUGUAAUUGUGUGGUUUCACUGGCAUGGAGGAGUGCCGAUGGGUGCCCAACUGAUGUUUGCCACUGGGCUGACGGUUUCCCAUUCAACGUCAACCUCUAUUCUGCCCUCCUUCAUUCCAUCUUCGACUCAAAAGACCAGACUAGCAUUCUUGACGAGGUGGAUGAUCUCCUCGAGCUUAUGAAGAAAACAUGGAGUACUUUCGGAAUCAACAAGCCCAUGCAUGACUUGUGUCUCACUUGGGUACUUUUCGAGCAAUAUGUUACGACAGGACACGUGGAGAAUGAUCUUCUUAGUGCCUCCUUGACCAUGUUGACAGAAGUGGCAAACGACUCCAAGAAAGUUGAUAGAGAGCCCGUCUAUGUAAAGAUGUUGUCUUCUGUCUUGACUUCAAUGACUAAGUGGUGCGAGAACCGAUUAUUGGAUUACCAUGAAAGUUUUAACAAAGGAACGAUUGGUGUAAUGGAGCAUAUUCUUCCUCUGGUUUUCUCGGCCACCAGAAUCUUGGAAGAAGACGUACCUGGAUAUGGAUAUGAACUGAAAGGCGAUCUAACUUCAGAUUCUACAGGGAAUAAUGUUGACCAGUACACCAGAUCAUCUUUAAAGAAAGCAUUCGCCAAGAUGGUAGGGAACCGAAAUUUGAUAAGCAGAAACAUGCCAUCACAACAAGUGUGUGAAACACUUGUCCAAUUAGCAAAUGAAACAGAGGAAUUAGCGUUUAAAGAGAAGGAAACUUAUUGUGUGGUGUUGAAGAGAUGGAACCCUAUAUCAGGUGGAGUUGGAGCCUUGACACUGCACUCAUGCUACGGUGUCUUGUUGAAGCAAUUCUUGUCAUGUAACUCUGACAUCAGCCACGAGAUGCUCACAGUCUUACAUCGAGCAGACAAGCUUGAAAAGGUGCUGGUUAACAUGAUUGUAGAAGACUCUGUAGAAUGUGAAGAUGGUGGAAAGAAUGUUAUAAGGGAGAUGGUCCCAUACGAAGUCGAUUCCAUCAUUGCAAAAUUUUUGAAGCAGUCCGUUGGCGGCAGGCUGAAAAAAAUCAGAGAGGUUGUUCACCGAGCUAAAGAAUCUGAAACAUGGAAUCCAAAGUCCAAAACUGAGCCUUACGCACAAUCAGCCGUAGAGCUACUAAAGCAGGCUAGAGAUCUUCUGGUUUCCUUCUUUGAGAUUCCAAUUGCUAUAGCUGAAACUAUGGUUGAAGAUUUUGCAGAUGGAGUUGAGAGAAUUCUGCGAGACUAUACUACUUUCGUUGCCUCAUGCGGUACAAAACAAAACUAUAUUCCGGCACUCCCUCCUCUAACAAGAUGUAGUCGAGGAUCAAAAUUAGCCAAACUCUGGAAAAAGGCAACACCUUGUGCAGUAUCAGGAAUGAGUCCGUAUCAUUUGGGGUUGGAGGAAGGCAACCAUCCACGCCCUUCCACCAGUCGUGGAACACAACGUCUCUACAUCCGUCUCAACACCUUACACUACCUUAUUUCCCAACUUACUUCCCUUGAAAAGUGUUUUGCCCAUUCCUCUAGAAUUAUUCCUUCACAUAAAAACCGUGCUAGCAGUAGCCGACGCCAUGCAGCCGGUGGGGCCCACUUUGAGCAUGCUCGAUCCUCCAUUAUGGCCGCCACUCAACAUGUGUCUGAGGUCGCAGCCUACCGCUUGAUAUUUCUUGAUUCAAACUCGGUUCUUUACGGCAGCCUAUACGUAGGUCAUGUAGUGAAUGCCCGAAUUAGCCCAGCUCUUAGAGUUCUCAAACAGAAUCUGACCCUAUUAAGUGCUAUCGUUACAGAACGAGCUCAACCUUUGGCAAUUAAAGAAGUCAUGAAGGCUUCUUUCGAAGCUUACCUUAUGGUUUUAAUAGCUGGUGGAGGGACGCGAUGUUUCACCAGGGUGGAUCAUGAGAUGAUUGAAGAUGAUUUAAGGCAUUUGAAGAAGGUAUUUACUACUUAUGGAGAAGGGCUUGUACUCCAGGAGGAUGUGGUAGAAAAGGAGGCUGAGACUGUGGAAGGAGUUGUGGCCUUAAUGGGGAAGUCAACCGAGGAAUUGAUUGAGGACUUCACUGUGGUAGCCUGUGAGGCUAGCGGUAUUGGAGUAAGUUCAGGGCAAACAUUGCCUAUGCCUCCCACCACCGGAAGGUGGUGUAGCAGUGACCCUAACACUAUGUUACGCGUUUUGUGCCAUAGAAAAGAUCGUAUUGCAAAUUCAUUCUUGAAGAGAACUUUCCAGCUAGCCAAGCGGGCCUAA